UGGGCCCUAUGAGAGAGAUUGCCCAGAGCCCCAGGUCAGUGGGUCCGUGUACCGCACUCCCACAUGCAUCUUGGUGGUCCUCGGAGUGCAGCUGGUGGUGACCCUGCUCACUGCCACCCUUAUGCACAGGCUGGCGCCACACUGCUCCUUCGCAUGCUGGCUGCUCUGCAACGGCAGUCUGUUCCGAUACAAGCACCCAUCUGAGGAGGAGCUUUGGGCCCUGGCAGGGAAGCUGAGGCCCAGAGGCAGGAAGGAGCGAUGGGCCGAUGGCAUUAGUGAGGAGAAGCCACUGUCUGUGCCCCGAGAUGCCCUGUUCCAGCUGGAGACCUGCCCCCUCACGACCGUGGAUGCCCUGGUCCUGCGCUUCUUCCUGGAGUACCAGUGGUUCGUGGACUUUGUCGUGUACUCGGGCGAUGUGUACCUCUUCAGGGAGGCCUACUUCUAUGUGCUGGUCCCAGCCAAGGAGACCAACAUUGCUGUGUUCUGGUGCCUGCUAACAGUGGACUUCUCCAUCAAGGCGUUCCUGACGGUGACACAUCUGUACUUCAGCUCCAAGGAGGGGGGUGAGCGCUCUGUCUGCCUCACCUUUGCCUUCCUCUUCCUGCUGCUGGCCAUGCUGGUGCAGGUAGUGUGGGAGGAGACCCUAGAGCUGGGCCUGGAGCCUGGCAUGGCCAGCAUGACCCAGAACUUGGAGCCACUUCUGAAGAAGCAAGGCUGGGACUGGGUGCUCCCUGUGGCUAAGCUGGCUAUCCACGUGGGGCUGGUGGUGGUGGGCUCUGUGCUGGGUGCCUUCCUCACCUUCCCAGGCCUGCGGCUGGCCCAGACCCACCGGGAUGCACUGACCAUGUCAGAGGACCGGCUCAUGCUGCAGUUCGUCCUGCACACCAGCUUCCCGUCUCCCCUGUUCAUCCUGUGGCUCUGGACAAAGCCCAUUGGUUCAGUGCAGAUGCCUUCCAUAGAUGAUAGUACUUUACUGACUGCCAAAGAAGAUGCCAGCAUACCCAGAUCCACAUUAG